AAUCAGUUACAGAAAACAUGCCACGUACGAUGUAUCUAAACCACAUCCAUUCCCUCUAAAUCACCCACCCCUUCUCCCCAAUCAAUCCCCCAUUAUCAAUCAGUUCUCCAGAAUCACCUCUGUAUUCCAAAGAAGAAAACAUGGCGGCUUCAUCAGCAUGUGUAGUGGUGGUAGGGAACAAUAUUCCGAGCAGCGAAAUCCGAGGCAGACAAUUCAUCCAAACAUCGCCACGCCUUCCGUCAUUGAACAAAACAUCCAAAACAGUUAAAGUAAGAGCAUCUCUCGAGCAGAGCUCAACCGAAGGAAGGAGAGGCUUCCUCAAAUUAUUGGCUGCACCCGCCGCCCUAAUACUAUCCAACGGCAAAGCAGCACUCGCAGCGGACGAACAAGAUGUUUCGAAUUCAAGAAUGUCGUAUUCAAGAUUCUUGGAGUACCUCGAUAAGGACAGGGUUAAAAAAGUUGAUCUAUUCGAAAACGGCACAAUUGCGAUCGUGGAAGCCGUUUCACCUGAAUUGGGAAACCGUGUACAGAGAGUGCGCGUGCAGCUACCCGGUCUAAGCCAAGAGCUUCUUCAAAAGUUUCGUGAGAAAAACAUCGACUUUGCCGCACACAAUGCUCAAGAAGACUCCGGAUCUGUAUUAUUCAACUUAAUCGGAAAUUUGGCAUUCCCUAUGCUUCUCAUCGGCGGUCUUUUCCUACUCUCGAGAAGGUCGCCAGGUGGAAUGGGCGGGCCAGGUGGGCCCGGUUUUCCAUUAGGUAUCGGCCAAUCGAAGGCGAAGUUCCAAAUGGAGCCCAAUACCGGAGUGACGUUCGAUGACGUGGCGGGUGUGGACGAGGCGAAGCAGGAUUUCAUGGAGGUGGUUGAGUUCUUGAAAAAGCCGGAGAGGUUUACAGCUGUGGGUGCACGUAUACCGAAGGGGGUGCUUCUGAUUGGCCCCCCAGGUACCGGAAAGACCCUUUUGGCUAAAGCUAUUGCGGGCGAAGCUGGUGUUCCGUUUUUCUCGAUUUCCGGUUCGGAGUUUGUUGAGAUGUUUGUCGGAGUCGGUGCUUCGAGGGUUCGUGAUCUUUUCAAGAAGGCAAAGGAGAAUGCUCCUUGUAUUGUGUUUGUGGAUGAAAUUGAUGCUGUGGGGAGGCAGAGAGGGACUGGUAUUGGUGGUGGAAACGACGAAAGGGAGCAGACGUUGAACCAGCUCUUAACUGAGAUGGAUGGCUUUGAAGGGAACACGGGUAUUAUUGUAAUUGCAGCUACUAACCGAGCCGAUAUUCUUGAUUCUGCUUUGUUGAGGCCUGGAAGGUUCGAUAGACAGGUAAGUGUUGAUGUACCGGAUGUUCGUGGAAGAACAGAGAUUCUAAAGGUGCACGCUAGCAAUAAAAAGUUCGAGACAGGUGUAUCUCUCGAAGUAGUAGCUAUGAGGACACCUGGCUUUAGUGGGGCCGAUCUUGCUAAUCUGUUGAACGAGGCUGCUAUCCUUGCUGGAAGGCGGGGCAAGACUGCGAUCUCCUCCAAAGAAAUCGAUGACUCGAUCGAUAGAAUAGUUGCAGGAAUGGAAGGAACCGUUAUGACUGACGGCAAGAGCAAAAGUCUUGUGGCGUACCAUGAAGUGGGCCACGCCAUUUGUGGAACUCUAACGCCAGGUCACGAUGCGGUUCAAAAGGUGACGCUAAUUCCACGUGGUCAAGCGCGUGGUUUGACCUGGUUCAUACCUGCGGAUGAUCCGACUUUGAUAUCGAAGCAGCAACUUUUCGCGAGAAUUGUCGGUGGUCUAGGUGGAAGAGCCGCGGAGGAGAUUAUUUUCGGAGAGUCGGAAGUUACAACCGGUGCUACUGGUGAUUUACAACAGAUCACUGGUUUGGCCAAACAGAUGGUGGUUACUUUCGGCAUGUCCGACAUCGGUCCCUGGUCACUAAUGGACUCGGCCGGUCAAGGUGGUGAUGUCAUCAUGAGAAUGAUGGCACGUAAUUCGAUGUCGGAAAAGCUAGCCGAAGAUAUCGACUCUGCAGUGAAGAAGCUCUCGGACAGCGCAUAUGAGAUUGCUUUGACCCACAUUAGAAACAACCGUGAAGCAAUCGAUAAGAUUGUUGAAGUACUUAUCGAGAAGGAGACAAUGUCCGGAGAUGAAUUCCGAGCUAUUCUGUCUGAAUUUGUUGAGAUUCCAGUUGAAAAUAGAGUUGCUCCGACACCCACUGCAGUUGCCGUGUAAUGACAAUUGGAAAUUCGGCUUCUAUUUAUUAUCAAAUUUAUCAUAUGUAUAAAACUACUGCCGUGUUUUCCUUUGUGCCGAUUCCCAGUCCCACAAGUAUAGGUUCGCCUUUUGCGUGUAUAAUAUAAACAUCGGUAUAGUGAAUAUCACUUCUUGCAAUCAUCGCAAUUGUCGAUUUUACG